CAGUGGAGUUGGAGGUUGAUCUCGUUCAAGGGGAGUUGUGUGUUGUGUGUUAAAGUGUGUCUGUACGUACCAGCGCUUCUUCUCUACGGGUUAUUGCAACAUUUGUCGAAGUCACACGAACAGACGGAUAUGAAUUUGUAGGUCGGUGUAGCAUAUAGUGAAACGUGUUACCUGUGAAAUCGUCUGCAGAUGAUGACGUAGGAACAGUCCUGAUGCUUGGAUAAUUCUGAUUGCAUGGAGUUUUCUUGCGAAGUGGAAAAUAUUGUUUACUUAUCACCGAGAUACAACUGAGUGUUCCUGUAGUGUGGGGACUUAGAUGCAUUUAUCAGAUGCGAAACAUAACAGUGCAUUGUAGCAACAAGCAUGCAUGUGGAUUACAGGAAAUAGAUUGGCAGCUGGUACGAGGGGUGGGUAAUGUCCUGGUUCAAUGGCGCGUGUUUCGAAAUCCUCAUGAACCGAGAAGAGGGCCAUGAAGCACAAUUUGACAAUUAUAAUGAGAAUCUGUGAAGACGGCUGCUACCAAGUAUGAGCCGGGGUUACUACGUACCUUGCGCGCCAUUUCUUUAUUUGGUAAGUGCUGACUGGAUGUGCAACGCCUUUGAGGGGUUAAGCUGUUGUGGUGAUCUGAAGGUUCCGGACAGCGGGGGAGCUCCGCCUGGGAUGGACUGCAUGCCGUUGCAACGCUCCCCCGGGCCGUUCCACUACCUCAUCCACGAACAGGCGAAGUCGUUGGUCGCGCUACAGGAGCUGCAGAAUGAGGUCGGAGCGCUCCUGGAAUUCCGGGAUCUCGUUAUGGAGACAUUCCCACACCUGCGGAACAAGAUGGUGGCCUCGGGGGUGGCAGGCAUCACGUCAUCUAACGUCUCCCACACCAGCAGCACUCCAUCCAGCGGAACAUCCAACAUCCCCAUUCCUCUGACAUCCUCCAGGCGCGACUGGGAACCUGGCAUCAGAGUUCGCCGCAAAAUACAAUCACACACUAGUGCUAAAGACUCUGAGAUAUCGGUGUCGUCAUCACUAGCUUCGAACCGAGGACGGAUCAGUAAGACAUCAGCGGUACACGCACAGCAGCCGAAAAGCGGCGAGGGUAUUAACAGUGGCAGUGGUACAAGUUCUGCUGGGAGCAGUGCCGUGCAAGACUCGGGUUUCGGCACAGAAACGUCGUCUAGCAAGGAUCACUGUCACAGCACGACCACAGGCCCCGUGGUGGCGCACAGACCAGCAGCAACGGCGUCGUCACCUGUCGUCCUCGACGAAGCUGAAGACGAAUUAUGGAAUCUGCUUGACGUCAUCCACAGGAAAGGCACCAAGCUGCGGGAAGAUGUCGAGUAUCUACAACAGAGGUUCCUGGUUAGUGACAGGCUAGAUAUGUUGGGACAAGAGGAGGGUGAUGGGACACUCAGGAGGAGGAGUCUGGGUGACAUUGAACAACAACUUGUGCAUGAGUCCGGCAAGUUGUGCGCUUCGGAGGAGAGAGAAAGACGACUUAGACGCCUCAAGACUGGAAGAUCUCAGAAAGUUUUGCUGGAUAUCGAUGGAGAGAGUCUGGAUGACGGGCACGUGCUUGGCAAGCUUGAUAGUAAAAGACAAGCUAGAUCAGAAGACGAUCUUCAUAGUUUACAGCACGAGAGAGACUUGCUACUAGAUAAAGUUGCAGAAAUGGAGACAGAAACUCUGGCAAGCAGGGCAAGGGCUUCUCAGCUGCAGACAGAACUUGAUUGUCUUAUAGAGGUCAAGCGAGACUUGGAGGAGCAGCUUCGGACAGCUGUAAGUCAGAAGAGUGAACUCAAUAGUCGUAUUCACGACCUACACCUGCAGUUUGUGAGCGGUAACAAGAAUAUUGGCACCAGUUCUUCGGUAUCACCGCUUAGCGACACAACUGCCCGGAAGCUCGUAGUCCCCGGAGCUAGGAGGUCUGUCGCUGUGUGCCACGCAGUGUCUAGUCAGGUCGCUUACGGACUAGGGUCAAGUCCUGGCAGGAGCCAAUCUUGCUUCACUCCUGUCCCAAUAAAUUCACGUCGACUUUCAGAAGGUGUAACUAUCAUAAAAUCACCUGUCGAUAAGAAUGUAACUUCUCCGCAUUUAUCCAGUCAUUCACAAGAUGUAGGAACAUCUUUAUCAAGGCAGGAGGUUGAAGACAGUGUGGAUCAUGACAAGUCUGAAGUAUCAGAGACUCAAAAUGCUGAAGAGAGGUUGACCGGCUCGGUGGAUAGUGAGACACCGAGUUUCAAGUUAGGGACGUUGGACGGAAUUGUAAGUUGGCCCACUCGCAUUGCACGUAUCACUCGUGGGGUCACACCCGAUCCCCACAAAGUAGCAGCGAUUCUUAGGGAGUUCAGCGCCGUUGAACUGCAGAGACAUCUUCUCACCACAUCUGUCGAGAACAAGGCUCUUUGCCAACGUCUUGACAGGGCUGUGAAAUCUCAUGUGGAUCUGGUGGAGCAGUUUGAGAAGAUAAAGGAUGAGAAUGAUGACCUUAAAUUCCAGUUGGAGGAAAAGAGCAUAGAACUGGAGGGGACCAGAGCUCGUGUUCGAGUACUGGAACGUCUCCAGCAGAAGGCAGCAACUCAAGACACUGCUGGAGUCGUAUCUCCUGAAGCCACUGUUAAUUCCAUUCUUCCUCUGUUGGCCCUUCCAAUGCAUGCAGAUGACAACAUACAUCAUAGCAGCAGUACUGAGUCAGCCCAUGACCACACCAUGGGUAUACAGUCUAAAGAAGGCUCAAGUGAUCAAGGGGAUGUAAAGAAAAUGCCUCAGUUACAGCAGAUGUCGCCAAGGAGACGCCCCAGUAAGAUACCGCUUCCAGGAACAAAAUCACUCUGUGCACCUAAACCUCCAAGUGGAAGAUCUACGUCAGUAUCAAGUCGAAACAGGGGUUCACCUUCACUGAAAAGUAGAACGGACUCAAAUUCCUCUCUUUCUGGAAAGAAUACUACCAGAGAGUCAUCUUGGAAGAAUAGGAAUGAAAGUAGCUCAUCCCUUACUGGAGGAGGGAAAAGCCGAGAAUCUCCAAGUGGUGGGAGAAAUUCUUCUCUGUUAGGAAGAAAUAAUAGCCGUGACUCUUUAAACAGUGGCAGUAAAAGUCGAGAAUCUUACACAUCAACGGGAAAGGCCCGUGGUGGGGAUUCUCUUAGUGGAAAGAAAUCAAACGGCGACUCCGUAUCAUCUUCUGUUAGCAAGGGCCGAGCAGACACUCCUUCCCACCAAAGCAGUUACUCUUCUAAUGUUUCAGUAAGCAACAGAAGAGAAUCGAUUUCCAGUGGUAAAGGCAAGGAUACUUCAUUCACUUCAUCUGUCGGAUGUAAAGGCCUUCAUCACCAAACCCCUGCCGUCACUCGUUUGGGUAGGGGAGGCAGUAACAAUUCGGGCGUUAACCAGCGGAUAGGAAAUGGCUGCUUGAACGAGCGCGGUGACCAGAGUUCGAAGGAAUCUGGAUCACCUGUUGUUGAAAAUACUAAAGUUCAUCCAUCACAAGACAUUCCUGCACAGCAACUAGAUGACACAUAUCCUGAUUCACUGAACCAUCUAUCAUCUAAAGAAUCAUGUUUGGUAGCUUUUAAACAUCAAACUAAUAUCACUACAAGUAACAACUAUAUAGCAUCUGAUCAUCAUAAAUCAGUCUAUCAGUCGUCAGGAACGCAAGCAUUUCCAUGGCAUUCCUCAUCUUCAGAAUAUUUUGAUAGUAUCAACAACUCUGGAAGUGGUGUCUUUCAGAACAGCUCCAUUCUACGCUCGUUUUCAUUUUAUCAAGAUCGCUAUCUUCAGUCAUCAGUGGAACGGGAGGGUUUGGCGGAGUGUGAUUCACUGGAAAAUAUAAGAGCUGGAAUUGAGCUUAAUGGUAUUACAGCAGAUACUGACACUGAAGAUGGAAAUUUUAUCAUGAGCUCAGCAUCUUCAAGAAAUCUUUGGAUGAAAGCUGAUAAUUGAACAAAGUGAUGGAAAAAAUAUACUCCAUUAUGAUUUACUAUACCAACAAUUUUUGUAUAAUAAUUAUAUGAAUUGGCUUAAUAACUUAAUUUUUUUCUGUUACAUAUAAGAAAGGAUUGCAGUAGAAAAGGAGGCACUUAUUUUUCAAUAAGAAGAGUUUUAAGAAGUUUGAGAGUGUAAACUAAGCCCUAAAUAAAAUUUGUGGCACACCAUGGAUUAUGAUGUGUAAAUGUAGUAGCUGAAAAUAAAUUACCAGAAAGCUUGAGCCUAAGA